AUGGCGGCAAACGCCAGAUACGAGCCGGCUCCUCAGCGAGACUCGUUCGAGGAUCAGCAUUACACCCAAGCCCCGCCCUCUUAUCAGGCUACUGCGCAAGAGCCUCUGCCUCGCAGCGAGGAUGACAACGUUCCCGAUGACUUCAAGUUCGGCGGCACCGUCGCGGAGGGCACUUUGCCCAUCCGUAUGCAGUUCAUCCGCAAGGUCUAUGCGAUCCUCACCGUCCAACUACUCCUCACAACCGUCAUGAGCUCGAUCUCAUUCUUCAGCCCCAGCUACUGCGAAUGGAUCCGUGGCAAUGUUUGGCUCAUGAUGGUCUCCGUCUUCGGCGCCUUCGGAUUCCUGCUCAUAACAUACUGGAAGCGCAAGAGCUAUCCCGCAAACCUUCUCUUCCUCUCCGCGUUCACCAUUCUUGAAGCCUACUCCAUCAGCGUGGUCACAUCGUACUAUCAGCCCCGGAUCGUGGUGCAGGCCCUCAUCUUGACUCUGGGCUUGUUUGUAGGUCUCACCCUCUUCGCGUGCCAGACCAAGUACGACUUUACCAACUGGAUGCCGUACCUGUUUGGUGCACUGUGGUUCCUUAUCCUGUUUGGGUUCGUGUCCGUGUUUGUUCCUUACAACAGCACCAUGGACCUCAUCUACGGUGGCCUGGCUGCCUUGAUCUUCUCAGGCUACAUUUUGGUGGACACCCAGCUUAUCAUGCGCCACUACCAUGUUGAGGAGGAGAUUGCGGCCUCGAUUUCGCUCUACCUUGAUAUCCUCAACCUGUUCUUGGCUAUUUUGCGGAUCCUGAACAACCAGAACAACAACUGA